AUGAAUGAUAUUUAUGUAAAUGUACGUUCCUCUGGGAUAAGGUCCGAUCGAAAAAUCAACCGCCAAUGGACCUUGAGUCAAUUAAAGACAAAGCUGGUUCCUAUUAUAGGGAUUCCAGAGGUAUAUCAAAAAGUGAAAUAUGAGCCUGCUUCUGCUGCUUCUCAAACACAUACGUUUUCAAGCGAAGAAGAAAAUAGCAUGUUGUCUCUUCAUAAUAUUGAAGAGCUAAGUACGAUUAUAAUCGAAGACACACGCCCUCCUCAUAUGAGGCCCAACUAUGAGGAUCUUUCUGAGGUAGAAAAGUAUGAAAUGUCUCAAGAAGAGUACGAGCGUCGCGAUGAUUCUGUCUUGGCAUGGAAGAAGCGCAAUCAUCUUGGUCGGUUUAAUCCAACCCACGAGGAAUCAGUCAACUCAAAGCAAGAGUCACUAGAGAGAGAACUAAAGGAUUUACAGGUAAACAUUAACUCUCGCUGCUGUGCCAGUGGCGAACGUUACGGCACAAUCCGUUACAUUGGGUUCGUCCCUGAAAUUUCCAAGAAUUCACUGUGGAUAGGUGUCGAAUUUGACGAGCCUGUGGGAAAAAAUGAUGGUACUGUUCAAGGGCAACGUUAUUUUACGACGAGAAAUAAGCAUGGGUCCUUUUUGAAACCUACAGACGUAGAGGUUGGUGACUUUCCUGAAGAAGAUAUUCUAGCAGAUCUAUAA